AUGUGCCAGCUGCUGUCCAUCCCGCCGUUUGGGACCGACAGCUUCCUGCGCAACAGGCUCAGGUCCCACCUCGAAAAGCUCAAACAGGAUGACGCGGUGAUUCUGGCGGAGGGGCUGGAGAACCUCAACGCCGACGAGCUCAGAUCAGCCAGCAGGGCGCGCGGCAUGCGGGCCGUGUUUGGGGACGGCUGCCUGCCCUACAUGCGCACCCAGAUGCAGGGCUGGCUCGACCUAAGCCAGAGGGGCCUGCCCUCGUCUCUGCUGCUGCUGUCGCGCGCGCUGGUCCUGACGACCCCCGAGCCGGCCGCCACCCCCGAGGAGGCGCAGCUCAAGGGCGUGCGCGACACACUGCUCACACUGCCCGAGGAAGUCAUCAAGGACGUCGGCCUGGAGGUCGGCCCGGGGGCCGAGGCUGGCGGCGCCGAGGAGCUGCAGAAGCGCCUGGAGCUGAUCAGGAAGGAGCAGGAGAUGAUCAAGCAGGAGGCCCACGCGGCAAAGGCGGACGAAGAGAAGGCAAAGGCGGCAAAGGCGGCGGAAGCCGCAAAGGCAAAGGCGCCCGAGGAGCGGGAGCGGCUGGCGGACCCAGCGGCGGCGGCGGCGGCGGAAAAGGAGAAGGAGGAGGCGGAGCGGCGGGAGGCAGAGGCGGCGCGCAACGCGGCGGCGGUCGCGGCGGCGUCGUCCACCCACCAGGCCGUGGAGUCGGUCUGCACGACCUGCAGUCCGUUUCUGGACUAA